AAAAACUAGUAAACCCCCCUGUCCAACUGCUCCACCUCCCACUUCCACCAGUCCACCACCCUGCGGCAUACGGCGCGUCACGAGCAUCGGCGGCGGAAGCGUCGCCGUCGUUGUUGCCUUGCCUCGCGACGCCGCUCCCGUCCCUCUCACUCUCCCGUGGACCGUGCGCGCUCUAGCUCGUGCCUUCUUGCGGAGUUUGCAGUGCGCGCGUUUCGUUUGCCCGCAACAGCAAGGCGAGGGGGGAGAGAGCAAGGAUGGCGAGGGCGGAGGCGGCGGCGGCGCUGGAGUUCACGCCGACGUGGAUCGUCGCGGCGAUCUGCUCCCUCAUCGUGCUCAUCUCCCUCGCCGCCGAGAGGUGCCUCCAUUACCUCGGCAAGACGCUCAAGAGAAAGAACCAGAAGGCGCUAUUCGAGGCUCUCCUCAAGGUGAAAGAAGAGCUGAUGCUUCUGGGGUUCAUCUCCCUGCUGCUGACGGUGUCCCAAGGGAUUCUUCAGAAGACAUGCGUUCCUCCCAAGUGGACCAACUACUUGCUUCCAUGUCGAAAGAUGGAGGACCAGUCCAAACAACGCGGCCCGUCAGAAGCUCAUUUCGUUGCUGCCGGAGUUCUUGGCCACCUCGGUCGGCGGCUGCUUGCCGAUGGUGGAACAGGGGCCGACCAUUGCCAGAACAAGGGAAAGGUUCCUUUGCUGUCACUUGAAGCACUCCAUCAGUUGCAUAUUUUCAUUUUUGUUCUGGCCAUCACACAUGUGAUUUUCAGUGCUCUGACUAUGCUUCUUGGAGGAGCGAAGAUUCAUCAAUGGAAACACUGGGAAAAUGACAUCCAGAAAGAUGUUGCUCAAAAUGCGCCCAAGAAGGUGACCCAUGUGCAUCAAUUUGAAUUUAUCAGGGAACGCUUUAAGGGUAUUGGCAAAGAUUCCAUAAUACUAAGCUGGCUGCAUUCUUUUGUUAAGCAGUUUUCUGGGUCAGUUACUAAAUCAGACUACAUAACAAUGCGACUUGGAUUUAUCCAGACACAUUGCCGUGCGAACCCAAAGUUCGAUUUCCACAGAUACAUGGUACGAGCUUUGGAAGCAGAUUUUAAGAAAGUGGUUGGUAUAAGCUGGUACUUGUGGAUAUUCGUUAUGAUAUUCCUGCUGCUGAAUGUUAAUGGUUGGCACACAUACUUUUGGAUCUCCUUCGUUCCCCUUCUACUUUUGCUGGCCGUUGGCACCAAGCUAGAACAUGUCAUAACCCAACUAGCCCAUGAGGUUGCCGAGAAGCACUCUGCAAUUGAGGGCGACUUGGUUGUGAAUCCAUCAGACGAGCACUUUUGGUUUGGACGGCCGAAGGUGAUCCUAUACCUGAUCCAUUUUAUCCUCUUCCAAAACGCGUUCGAGAUCGCGUUCUUCUUCUGGAUUCUGACCACCUACGGUUUCAACUCCUGCAUCAUGGACCACGUCCCUUUUAUCCUGACAAGGCUUAUCAUCGGGGCCAUCGUUCAAAUCCUCUGCAGCUACAGUACCUUGCCUAUAUAUGCAAUUGUCACACAGAUGGGCUCCUUUUUCAAGAAGGAGAUCUUCGACGAGCAUGUGCAGCAGGGCCUUGUUGGUUGGGCGCAGAAGGCCAAGAAGAGGAAAGGGUUGAAGGAGAGCAACGGCGCCAUGGCUGGAGCUGGAUCAACAAAUGGGUCAUCACAGCCAUCUUCCAUUCUACAAAUGGUGAGGCGAGCCGCCGCUAGCGAGGAAGGCAGCAGCAAUGGCGGUGACAUGCGCACUAAUCAGUAGUGGCCCGGAAGCAGUGUGUGUUUGUGACCUACUGACCGUCGAGAAAUGCAGUGUUGCCGUGCACCCAGAAACUGCGAUCAGCUGUGCUGUCAGCUAUGUUUUGUUUGUUCUAUUGUACUACUGUACUCUAGCAGACAGUAGUUUGCAUGGCAAUAGUCAAGAGGAGAGUUGUAUGAUACUACUACUAGUAGCUAGUAGAAGAUGGCGAUACAGUGUGAUAGGAUGCUUGCUACCUUUGAUCGACACACAUGUUGUCGAGUUUUAGAAUUUACCUACCGAGAAGGUAGUGACUGGAGAAGCAGCUUGUAGUAAGCAGAACAGGCACAAAAAAACUGAACUUUGCUUCAA